CGGACCGAGGGAGUAGGUGGAAUAGUUGAUGCGCUCCCCGCAGUUGCCAUCCUAGCUGAACGCGGCGGACAGCACGCCCAACGGUGCCGCCGCCGCCGCCGCCGCCUUCGAAGCCCCCGCCCUCGUGAUGGAACCCUCGUUCGAUGACGUCCCCGAGGUCGUCGGCUGGAUGUCGUCGAUGGUCGACCGCGGCGGCCGCGCGAGCCAGGAGAGCCACCGCCUGUUCCUGGCGCGGCGCACGGCGCUCGAGAUGCUGCGGGACCGCGGGUACAGCGUGCCGGAGUCCGAGCUCGCCCGCACGCUCCCGGAGUUCCGCGCGUGGUGGGCACCGGAGCCCGAGAUCGAGCGCCUCACCUUUUCCACCUUCCUCGCCUCCGACCACUCCGACAAGGUGAAAAUUCUAUUCUGCGGACCAGAACCUGUCAGAAUCGCAACUAUCCAGAAGAUAUAUGACCAGAUCGAAGGAGAGAACUUCUCCAGACUUAUUUUGAUAUUGCAGGGAAAGAUAAUGCCUAGAGCUAAAGAGUCUGUUAAGGAGAAAUUCACAUUUAAAGUAGAUAUUUUUCAGGUCAAUGAGUUACUGGUUAACACUAGUACGCAUGCCCUGAAGCCAAAGCAUGAAGUGUUGACUGCAGAAGAAAAGGCCAGGCUCCUGAAGAAGUACAAUGUGCAGGAUUCACAGGCUGUAGGGCUAUUCAAAGCCGGGUUCGCCAGCUGGUUAACUCUCCAGUUGAAGAUGAGAAUGACAAGAAGAGAAGGUACAUGAGUUAAGAGCUCUUUUAUGUAAUGAGUUGGGCAAAAAUGGGGUUGAACAGGCUAUCGGGCGGGUGAUGUUGGGAGCUGGCUUGGAGAAUGAAGGAUGGGGCUAGAGGAAAGGAGGGAGUAGGUCAGUUGGAGGUGGAAGAGGAUAAAACGUUGGAAAUUGUAUCUCAUCUUCUCUCUUUGUAGUGUCAAAUCUUCAAUUGCGAAUCUGCAAACGGCAAAUCACCGAUCACCAUCUAUUUUCCCCAUUUUUUGUGGGGUCAAGUGUUUCAUGCUAGAACAGUGAUGUUAUUUUUUCAGUCUUGCCGGCGUUGCAAGUUUUUUCCCCAGCGGGAACGAUAUUGCAAGUUGCUAUGUGAACUAUGUAGCAUUUUUUUUGUUA